AUGGUGCUAUCAGUUACAGAAAAAUCUUAUUUGAGAGAUUCACUCAAGAAUAAAGAUCAUUUCCUAAGACCAGACGGGAGAAACUAUGAUCAGUUUAGACCGGUGGAGAUUUAUACUGAUUUUCUUCCCUCUUCAAAUGGUUCUUCCAGAAUUCUAGCGAGCGAUGGAACUGAAAUUGUUAUUAGUAUAAAAACUGAAGUUGUUGAUCAUUCUCUCACAAAAGACUUAGUAUCAAUUGAUUUAGACAUUACAGGGUAUAGAGACGAUUCUGCUUAUGUUACUAGUAUUAGAAGUAUAUUAUCGAAAACAAUGAAAUCUAAAUUGAAUUUCACCAAAGAAAAAGGUCCUAAAGAAAAAAGUGUUUUACAAUUAACUAAAAAGUAUAGCUUUAAGUUAUACAUCGAUAUAUUAGUCUUGAGUAAUUAUUCAUAUCCGCUAAGUCUAAUAUCAUUUGCAAUAUAUUCUGCUUUGGAAACUACAAAGUUACCCAUGUUGAUUUCUUCUGAAGAUGACUUAGAAAUCGAAGAGCUACCCAUUUUCCAUGAUUAUGAUAUGAUUACUUUAGAUUUUCAAAGUCCUCUAAUUUUUUUGGUGGCAUUUAUAGAAGACAAUGUAUUUAUAGAUCCAAGUGAUGCAGAAACUCAAGUCGCUAAUAAGUGUCUAAUCUUAACAUGGUUUGAAAACAAAAUAUCGUCUCCAAUAAGGACUGUAAGUUUAAAUGACGAUUAUACUGAUGGUUUUACUUUAUUACACUUAAAAGAGUCCAUAGAAGUUGUUAGAAAAUGUGCACCGGAAGUUCUUAGAGCCUUAAAAUAUCAAUAA